GAAAUAGAAUGAUUUGAAUUCGAAUGGAGAAAAAUGAUCGAUUAUAUGUGCAUAAUAUCAAAUAAAUGAAUAAAGUUUUGAGAAAAGAUCGAUCCAAUCAGGGGUUUUCGAUGUCCGGUGUCGAUCGUAAUAGAGCGUAAUAUUCGCGGCUUAAGAAAGAUAGCCAAUUAGAAAAGUUGGCGAGUAUCGUCGGUCGGUACUUAGGUACGUGUGUUUGUAGGAGUAUAUAUAGGUGACGGUCGCGAAAUAUAGUAGCAGCCAUCUUAUAUUUUGUGUCGGAGAAAAACAAUUUGGCCGUACAAAUGUUUCGCGAUUGUCCGUGAAGCCGCUCGAGAACGGGAGGCGUGCGCUCGAUGAGGCGUGACGUUUUUCGACCCUAGCUCGGACCACUACAUUAGCAAAGGUGGAUUGGUACGCAGGAUAUGAGCAGCUUGUCAAGCGCAACCUGACUCUGCUCCCCCAAGAAGAAGCAGUGCAACAGCAAGAGCCGCAAUCACAACAGCUGGCUCAGCCGCAACAGACUGAUAUAAUGACGUCCAUGUUUGAACAACAAAUCAAAAGCGAACCCAUGGGGUUCUAUUCUGUUGCUUCAAGCCGCUCGGAUGGUUCAAAUUCAAUGGUGAAUCUGUCUGAUGAUCGGGAAGACCUGUCUCAACAAGAGGAUCCUCUGUCGACCCAGCAGCAAACGACUCUACAGUUAACCCAACAACAGGGUCAGCAACAAAUACAACAGAAUCAACAACAGACGCAACAGAGUCAACAGCAGCAGAGUCAGACUGUGCAACAAGAAGUUCCAAGCCGCCAGUCAACGGGUCAACAGACAGUUAAAGAAGGUUCCCGGUCAAAACCACAACCUUGUAAGGUAUGCGGCAAGGUGCUAUCCUCUGCUUCGUCUUAUUAUGUACAUAUGAAACUUCACUCGGGCAACAAACCAUAUCAUUGUACUGUAUGCGAAGCAAGUUUUUGUCGGAAGCCAUACUUGGAAGUGCACAUGAGGACGCACACGGGAGAACGACCUUUCCAAUGUGAGCUGUGCUUGAAGAGGUUUACUCAGAAGAGUAGUCUUAAUACUCACAAACGGGUACACACAGGAGAAAGACCGUACGCCUGCGAUAUUUGUCAGAAACGUUUUGCAGUAAAAAGCUACGUGACGGCCCACCGUUGGAGUCACGUUGCUGAAAAACCAUUGGUGUGCGACAGAUGUUCGCUAACGUUCACGUCCAAGAGUCAAUUCGCAAUACACAUCCGUACCCAUACGGCGAGUACCACGUACGAGUGCAACAUUUGCGGGCGUACGUUCGUACGCGACAGUUAUCUGAUACGGCAUCAGAAUCGAGUACACCGUGAUAUGAAUCAAAGCAGUACAAAUCACAAUCCGGCUACGCCGCAGAGUACCGGUGACGGUACACAAGGUACAGGCUUCGAGAGCCCAGUUUGUGAUUUACGCUACAGCGAAGGACCUUCUUCGUUGGAUGGAUUAGCUGGCUCUAAAGGAGGGAUUGCAGCUGAAAUCGCAAGUUUAGCCAAGCAAAAUAAUCUUCAACUUCCUCUACCACUGUUACAUCCGCAGACAACCAACUAGUGUUUAGACGGCAGCGUGUCCGACUCCCUACCGCAACACCAGUCACCGCAGCAAGUAGUAUGUCCCACCUCGGCGUCAUCGCCAUUCACACUUAAUUCACCUGUGUCUCACGAGCACACCACACCGCAGAGUGUCUACCAAACUACGGGCUCAUCCAGUUCGCUGGAUAGCCUAAGCUCCCAACUCUAUCCGCAAAUAUCAUCAUCCCCUAUAGAAUCAUCGGAGUCGCAUCAUCAGUCUCAUCAACUGCAUCGCGGCAUACAUCCGCCAGGGCUUCAUCCUGCACUAUAUUUAUACGCUCAGUACUCGAAUACGAGUUCCCCGAUCUCGUACCCCGAAUAUAUUCAACGCAACAAUUGAAUAAAAGUCAGUUUAUGCCAGCAAUCACGAUAUUUACCACGAACGGAGUGGACGGAUCGGCCGCGACACGAGGCGCUACCAAACCACGGACUCUUCGAUCGCGUGUCAUUUAAUGGUGCUGGUUAAACAAAGUGCCUAAAAUAAGCAUCCGGCUUUCUGGAUCGUCACGGAUGCUUAAUUACGAUCGUGGAUUAAUAUUAACGCUAAAACAAUUUUUACGCACCUACAUUGUUUCGACUCUUACUGUCUUUUAAUUUUAUUUUUUUUAUUUUUACUUCUAUUUUAACGAAAAUCAAGUGGAUCAAUUGUAAAUUGAUGACCGUUUUUUGCACCGUGUCUUACUGACACAGUCUUGGAUCCAUCUAAUGGAUACCACGUUGACGAAGCGUAUUUUAACGAGAAUUAAAUAGCACCGUUCGAAGGGACUUUUCCUCGUUUUUAAUGAAAACCGUUCUGUCGUGGUACAUCGAUGUUAGCAUAAACUAAUGCGUAAACAUGUUUCUACACUAGUUUUUCCAAGUUUCCGCACUUCUUGAUUUUACCUAUUUUCAUUUUUCCAAUCACAUCUGCGAGUACAUAUACAUAUAUAUAUUAUCUAUGUGUGUAUAUAUAUUAUGCGCGAGAAACCAUUACACAUACACAUAUUUAUAUUAUAUUUUUAAAGGAGUUUAGUCACUUGGAUCUGUGAUAUAGAUAGUAAUUAUUAUCUACAAUGUUUAAAACUAUUGGUUUUACUAUUUUGAUGGAUAUCAAAGCGAGGAAACAAAAAGAAAAGAAAAAAAAAAUAAGAUGAAUAAUAGGAAAGAAAGAAAGAAAAGCAAUGUCACGGAGCGAUGUAGCUAUCAGAAUUUAAACGGACAUUGGUCUCUACCGAAGGUGUUUGGUAGACACCCUACUACUACUUUUACAAAACACAAAAAACAACAUUACUAUUACUAAUGCUACUACUACAAUUACUACAGCUACUAGUACUACUCUUACUAAACUAUCAUUACCACUUCCACCACCUACACCAAUACCACCACCACCACCACCAACAUUUUCCCAACUAUAUAUUACUCUCGCUAUUAUUAUUACCACUAUUACUACUACUACUGCUACUGUUAUUAUUAUUAUUAGAAACACGCAAACGGUUACUUCGUUUUAGCGCGUGUAUUGAUAGGACCUGUAACUCAGUCGUCAUGGUUUCUCUUUAAUUUUUAAUUUUAAGUUUGUUCUCUUUUUCUUCUUCUUCUUCUCCAAAUGUUUUUCCUUCCUUUCAAGCUACCUUCUUCUUCGCAUCUUUACUUAUUCUUCCUACUAAUACUUUUCUAUACCACACGUAUCUGAACAAACGGAUACAUGUCGUCGGUGUUAAUAUUCUUUUUAUCACGUAGGAUUUUACUGUACAGCUUUGAAUCAGUUCCAUAGGUGUACUUACUUUUCACAUAUCGAAGUGUAUUGUACACACAAGAUACAUAUUGUACAUACGUAUACAUAUACAUAUGGGUGUAUUAUAAAAGAAAAAACGACGAGCGGAUGUGCAGAUCGUAAGAUACUAAAUACUAAGAGUGUAAUAGCAGGGCUGUUGAAUAUAUUUUUUUUUUCUUUGACUACUAUUAGAGAUUAGUUUUAGCGAAAUAUUAUUAUUAAUUACUAUUAUUAAUUAUUACUACUGUUCUGGUUAUCACGAAUGAUUAGUAAUCUUUUUAACGCUAACGCCACAAGGAAAGCUUGAACGCGAAAAUGGAAACGCG